AUGCCUCAUGCCGAUGCUAGCCUGGUGCCGCAGCACAUUGCUACCAAAGAAGCAUUUUGGUACCAUGUGUACAUGCAGUUGGGAGCUCUUCUCGAAGGCGAACGAAAUUGGGUCUCUAACUUAUCGAAUGCCGCUUCAUUGAUCUAUAAUUCAUUACUUGCAUUCCCCGCUCAUUUCGGUCCUGCCGAUCGAGCCGUGAAUUGGUCUGGUAUGUUUUUCUCCAGGUUUUACUUGGAUGCUGAGUUGUUUCCCGGAAAGAAGAGGGAUCCCAAGCUUCCUCGUUUACUUCUGCUUGGACCGUUCUCAGGAAAGCCCGCAUGCCAAUUUAUUCAUACUCAGGCAGGCAAAGGUGUAUGUGCCGACGCGUUUGUUCACCGCACGACAGUGGUGGUUCCUGAUGUCGAUAAGUAUCCUGGUCAUAUCGCUUGCGAUGGUGAGACCAAAAGCGAGAUAGUCAUUCCUUUGAUACGAAGGGAUCUGCCUGCAGGCGAGACCGCCCUUGGCGUUCUUGACUUAGACUCUCUCAUAUUGAAUGGUUUUGACGAUGAUGAUAAACGCGGACUAGAGCACAUUGCAGACCUCAUCGUCCAAUCCUGCGAUUGGGACUGUACAUGA